AUGUCUGACCUCAAAAACAAGAGCAAAGAGAUGGAUCCCGAGGCAGCCUUCACUAUGCCCAUUCAUUACGUGAUUGCAGCAGUUUAUGCCGUUUUAACUGUGACAGCAUUCAGUCUAAACACGCUUGUCAUUUGGGCAUUUGUCAAAGACCGUACACUGCGCACGCGCUCGAACAGCUUGAUUCUUAGUAUAGCCGUCGGUGAUUGGCUACACGCUGUAUUAGCAUAUCCCCUUGGAGUUGUUAAAAAUGCGUCAGAAAGUUGGCGCUUGAGCGGUGGAGCCUGCACGUGGUACGCCUUUAUUACAUCUUUCCUUUCGUUCGGUAUAAUGCUCCACUACGCUACAUUUUCUAUCGAGCGUGCAAUCACUAUAAACUUCUCUGAAGCCUUGUUUUAUAUUGAGAGGAAGCUUGGUCUCAUCAUUGCUGGACUUUGGCUGUUUGCCCUUCUUUGGAGUUCGUUCCCUCUGUUCGGUUGGUCAGCGUACGUUCCUGAAGGCGCAGGUGUGUGUUGCUCAAUUCGCUGGCAAUCGUCCGAUCCACUUGAUAUCACUUUUGUGGCUUGUAUUUUCUUAUUCUUCUUUUUUGGACCAGUUGUUACCAUGGUUAUAGCAUACUAUUCCGUUUACAACAACAUGAAGAAAAUGACUUUAAAUGCGCAUGGAUUGUGGGGAGAGAACGCUGCACCUACAAUGGAAGUUAUCCAAGCCGAGGGUAAAAUCGGGCGCAUGGCAUUUAUGAUGUCGACUUGCUUCUUGUUCGCAUGGACACCUUACGCCGUAGUUUCUCUGUACGCUAUUAUAAACCAACCUGAGGACAUCACACCACUGGUAGCCACUCUACCCGCCUUAUUUGCCAAAACAGCGCCUUGUUAUAAUCCCGUCAUUUACUUUUUAUCAUACAAGAAAUUUAGGGAAAGCCUAAAACGGACACUGAGACGCCAACGAAACACCCGUGCUGUAAGCAGGCUGUGA